UGACUCCAGAAGUUUGGCUUGAUGAAAGUUCAGAGCGCGGAAGUGAAGAGAAACUUUCGCAUGAAUCUCUGCAAGAGAGCGACUCUUCCCGCGUUUGAGUGUGGAUGAUGAUGAUGAUGAUGUUGACACGGAUCCGCCAGUGUGUCUGAGGAAAUACUGAGUUGCUUUGUGAGGCUUUAUUUCAGGUCUGAUUAUGGGGUUGCCGACUUUAGAGUUCAGUGACUCUUUUGUAGACAGUCCGGACUUUAGAGAGAGACUCAAAUGUCACGAAAUCGAGCUGGAUCUUACCAACAAGUUCAUCAAAGAGCUGAUUAAAGAUGGACACCAGCUGAUCUGCGCGCUCAAGAGCCUCUCGGUAGCCGUGCAGAAGUUCUCCCAGUCUUUACAGGAGUUCCAGUUUGAGUGCAUUGGUGAUGCAGAAACGGAUGAUGAGGUGAACAUCGCUCAGUCCUUCAAAGAGUUUUCCCAACUGCUGAACACCAUGGAAGAGGAGAGAAGACGGCUGAUACAGAAUGCGGAUGAUGUUCUAAUCACACCCUUGGAGAGAUUCCGGAAAGAGCAGAUCGGAGCAGCCAAGGAGGGGAAGAAGAAAUUUGAUAAGGAGACGGAAAAGUACUAUUCCACACUGGAAAAACAUCUCAACCUGUCAUCCAGAAAAAAGGAAUCCGCUCUCCAAGAGGCUGACGCUCAGAUUGAUAAGGAAAGACAACUCUUUUAUGACGCCUCGCUAGAAUACGUCUUCAAAAUCCAGGAGGUUCAAGAGAAGAAGAAAUUUGAAUUUGUUGAGCCGCUCUUGGCCUUCCUACAGGGUCUGUUCACAUUCUACCACGAGGGUUAUGAGCUGGCCCAUGAGUUUGAGCCCUACAAACAGCAGCUACAGUUUAACCUGCAGAAUACAAGAAACAACUUUUUGAGCACCAAGCAGGAAGUAGAAAUGCUGAUGAAGAGAGUUCGAUCUGCAGAUCAAGACCAGAAGCCCCCGGGCCAGUGGACUAUGGAGGGAUACCUCUAUGUCCAGGAGAAACGGCCUUUGGGCUGCACAUGGACACGGCAUUAUUGUACAUAUGAGAAAGAUAGCAAGACCUUCAGCAUGUGCAACACAGAGGCGAAGCCCACGGCUAAACAGAAUGGUGUCAUGUCAAAUCCCCCAGAGAAGUUCAGACUGAAGUCCUGUAUUAGGAGGAAGACUGACUCGAUUGAUAAACGCUUCUGUUUUGAUGUCGAGGUGGUUGAAAGGCAUGGCAUUAUCACGCUACAAGCACUGUCGGAGUCCAACAGGAGACUCUGGCUGGAAGCUAUGGAUGGCAAAGAGCCGAUCUACAAUCUUCCUGCUAUUCUGAGCAAGAAAGAGGAGACGUAUUUAAACGAGGCUGGCUUUAAUUUUGUGAGGAAGUGUAUACAGCUGGUGGAGAUGAGAGGGCUCAACACUAUGGGUUUGUACAGAGUCGGUGGAAUAAACUCAAAAGUGCAGAAGCUCAUGAUCACAGUCUUCUCACCCAAAGCAGCAUCAGAUAUGGAUCUGGACCCAGACACAUGGGACAACAAGACUAUCACCAGCGGCCUCAAGAAUUACCUCAGGUGUCUGUCUGAGCCGCUCAUGACAUACAAGCUCCACUCUGACUUCCUCAUGGCUGUCAAAUCUGAUGAUCAGAACUACAGAGUGUGUGCAGUUCAUGCGCUGGUGCAUAAACUACCUGACAAAAACAAAGAAAUGCUGGAGAUAUUAAUCAAACAUCUACUCAAUGUGUCCACUCACAGUGAGAGUAACAUGAUGACGGUGUCCAAUCUGGGAGUGAUCUUCGGCCCUACGCUCAUGCGCUCACAAGAGGAAACCGUUGCCGCCAUGAUGAAUAUCAAAUUUCAAAACGUUGUGGUAGAAAUUCUCAUUGAAAAUUUUGAAAAGAUAUUUCAUCAAGCGCCGGACCCUAAUGUUCCCCUGCCGCAGCCUCAGUCUCGGCCGGGGUCUCGCAGGAGCAGAGCCAUCUGCCUCUCAUCUGGACCGCGCAAACCCAAGAGCCUCUACACACCCCCAAUGUGCCUGGCCGACGCGGACAGCGAUACGUUCAGCAGUAGUUCAGGCAGCACUCCAAUCGGCAGCAUGGACUCCCUCUCCUCCCACUCCUCAGAGCAGAACAGCUCCUCCAAAACCUGCUCCUCUCCACAGCCCAAAGACAAGCCCCCCUUCCCCGGCCUGCGCCAGACCCCUUCCUCCCUGUCCUCCAGCGAGCCGCAGGGCCCCACCUGCACCAGCAGUCCAGACUCCAGCUCCAAAGAGGACACGGCCCGUGUGGAAUGGGACUCCUGUGGUGUGAAUUCGGCUGCCAGAUCUUCACCAGCACCCACAAAGGCUCCUCACUUAGCAGGAAUCAGAUCAGCACAGCUUAACCGCUCCAACGCCCCAUCUCUAAGAUCUUUACACAUCAUAGAAGGUCUUAAGAGCUCUGUGGGGUCUGUACAGAGUCUAGCAUGUGUGGAGCAUAAAGACGGCACCAGACCCGCCACCUACCAUGAUCUGCCACCUAAAACGAUCCUGCGUCGAAAGCUGGACAACAGCAGCUCUACAAACGGCUAUCAGAGACCAGGAUCGGUGGUGGCUGCCAGAGCAUUGCUUUUUGAGAACCCAUCAGCUUUAAAACCUCCUCCAUUGGGAAGAGAUGCCAAAGCCAUAUAUUCCUGUGAAGCUGAACACAGCAAUGAGCUGAGUUUCCCACAGGGGGCUCACUUCUCCAACGUGUAUCCUUCAGUGGAACCAGGCUGGCUCCAGGCAACAUUUGAGGGCAAAACAGGACUCAUUCCUGAAAAUUAUGUGGUGUUCCUCUGACAGCGUCCAACCAGUAGAGGCCAAGCAUUUCAUGGUAUCCAUGGUAACAUGAAUUUUAGACCAAGAGCUUAAAGUAUAUAUCAAACAUUAAAUGAUGUGUAAGUGAACUGUAUGGAUUAAUCAAUAUGACACUGAAUAUUAAGAAAUAAUGUACGGUACACAAACCUCAAUGAUACAGCACAAGAGUGAUUAAAGCCUGAAUCUCAGCUGUUAUUCUAGAUAAAGAUUUUGCUGAGGCUGAAAUGUUGAAAUGGACAUGAUGUGCUAAACUGAAAUCAUUGAGUGUAGAUACACAAAUUUACAUACACUGAGGUCAGGAGGUGCGAUGUACAGCACUAAAUGGUCUUUUUAGGUCUACUGUGUGGUGGAAUACUGCAAUGAACUUUCAGCUUAUAGAUCUAAGAGACAGGCUUUCUUUUAUAUUAGCUUAAUUCUAAUUGUUUUGAAAUUAAGGGAAAGAAUGUUAAACCUCACCAUUAAUUUUUUGAGCUGUGAAUCAUUGUCAUAUUUAAGUCAAUUCAGCAAAAUGUGCUGUGUGUGUGGUUUAUCAUUAUAAAAUGACUUACUUUUAAAUCUUCAAAAGUCUGAGACCACAUUUUUAGGAUUUUGAACAUUUUUAACAAAGAGAAACUAUAAGAAAAUGAACACAAAAUAUCUCAGAUCCUGCAUUAUUUCCAGAUUACUAGUCGAUUAAGUAAAUUUGUGAUCUUGACCAUGUGGUCAAACACUGAAACUCGAGAUUUUCUUUUGGAACAUUUUCAAAUCAUGCCAGAGAAUGUGAUCAUAAGGUUUUAUGUAGCUCAAGUGCUGUGGACAUAAGUUCAGGAAUUUCCUUUUCAGUUAUAUAUUCAUAUACAUUUAUCAUAUUAUGCUGUUUAUAUAUUUUUUGAAAAUAUAAAGGAAUAAAAAAAUGCUAAAUAUUUAGUCUCAGACUUUUGGAUCCCACUGUGUUAUUGACAGAUAGAAUUCUACAUGCAGUACAGAAAUCAGCCAUUCAAGCACAAAGUUUUGAUGGAAAAUUUGAGAACUUUCCAAUUCUGUGCUGAAAUAUCAGCAUCUUUGGCACACUGCUUAUUUAAUCGCAUUAGAAGAACGGAACUAAGUGUUCUAGUUAUUUAUAACUGAAAUAUCUAAUAUUUUCUACUUACAAUACAUACAAAAUUAUUCCUAUUCCUGAAAAGUCUGGAAACCACUGGCUUGGCAUAGCAGUGAAUGAUGCCUCAGUUUUGCAUCCAGGUCAUGUCAGUCUUUACAAAUACUAAUGAAGCAUGUCCAGCUGUAAUAACUUCAUCAUACAAGAUGUUCUGGCCGCAUUAUUCCUUCUGAAGUUUAAAAUGACAGCAACUGUCAAUGCCAACAACACCAACACGGUACGUUGGUUAGUGAACACGUCUUAUUAUCCCCAUAAUGAAACUUGUUUUAUGAAGAUAACUGAUGAAAUGCUAGAUGAUGGAAAUUUAUAUAUGGAUGAUUAUUUUGCAAAUCAUAUAUUUUUCUUCUUAAUUCAUUUUUGGUUCUGUCAAUAAAUUUGUUUACAAAAUGAGACCCACUUCUUGUCUUUCAUUUAAGAAAAGAUGCACAAGCUAAAUCAUCAGAAGUAAAUCUCAGACAUUAGUGACUUCUUUCCAAAAGACUUCUGACGCCAUUUCUCCUCAGAUCUCUGCAGAAAAGGAGGCGAUUGCCAAGAUCCCAGUGUUCUUUCCCAAUUAAACACAUGAGAAUGCUCCGUGCCCUUGACUGCUGAUGCUGAACCGAUACUCCCUUCAGAUAGGCCAUCAAGGUCACAGGGAGGAAAUUACAGGAGCUCCAAGAAAUGUUUUUCUCAUUUAUGUUGUUGCCUUCCGAUAAAACAUUUAAUAUUCUGCUUUAAAAAACAAACCAGUCUGGAUCAAAUUUUAGAGUGUUCCUUUACACAUACAUUGUGAUCUCUCACCCAAUGUACAAUUGAGCUCUUUGUCUUUCAAGCAUUGUUAUUGUAUGCAAUCAAAGUUUUUUAUUAGAUAGUUCACAUGUAUUUUUCAUUUGACGUGAAUAGAGCGGUUACUGUGUAAAUGUAAGUACAAUCAAUGGUGGCUGGCAUUGAGAGUUUAUAAAAUCUGACCAUGAAAACUGUCCUUUUGAUGCUUAUCAGAGUGAGACCGAUAAGUAUUUCCUUUUAAUCACACUUAAACAUUUUCCAGAAAAUCUAGGAUUUAAAAUAAAAAGAAAACUGAAAAAAAAAAAAAAAAAAAA